UGACCGCUCACAGCACUAUUAGUUUGGGAGGAGUGAGUGCAGGAGGUAAAAAGCGAGGUGGUGAAAAGGCAGUGUGUGAGUCGGCGGAUCAGAUCAUCAGGGGCUUCAUCAUGGCCUGGACCAAGUACCAACUCUUCCUGGCUGGUUUGAUGCUCACCACGGGCUCCAUCAACACCCUGUCCGCCAAAUGGGCGGACAUGUUUUCUGCUCCUGGUUGCUCCAAUGCCCCUGAACACGGCUUCUCUCAUCCCUUCUUGCAGGCCGUGUUCAUGUUUUUGGGUGAGCUGAGCUGCCUCGCCGUUUUCCACAUCCUUCUAUGCCAUGACCGGAGAAGACCGACUCCCACAGUAGAGCCGGGGGAGAGCUUCAACCCUUUCCUCUUCCUCCCACCUGCUAUCUGUGACAUGGCAGGAACCUCCAUCAUGUAUGUGGCCCUGAACAUGACCAGUGCGUCCAGUUUCCAGAUGUUACGAGGUGCGGUGAUCAUUUUCACCGGUCUGCUGUCGGUGGCGUUUCUGGGUCGCCGGCUGGUUGCCAGUCAGUGGAUCGGGAUCCUGAUCACCAUCCUGGGCCUAGUGGUGGUCGGACUCGCCGAUUUCGUAAGCGGCAACACUGAUGGCGGACACAAGCUCAGCGAAGUCAUUACAGGUGACCUUCUGAUCAUCAUGGCUCAGAUCAUUGUGUCUGUCCAGAUGGUCCUGGAAGAGAAGUUUAUUUACAAGCACAACGUUCAUCCUCUGAAGGCAGUGGGGACUGAAGGCUUUUUUGGUUUCGUGAUCCUGACCAUCCUCCUCAUCCCGAUGUUCUACAUCCCAGCCGGGAACUUGGGCAGCAACCCGCGGCAGGUUCUGGAGGACGCGCUGGACGCCUUCUGCCAGAUCGGCCACAAGCCGCUCAUCGUCCUGGCGCUGCUGGGAAACACCGUGAGCAUCGCGUUCUUCAACUUCGCCGGCAUCAGCGUGACCAAAGAGAUCAGCGCUACCACGCGCAUGGUUCUGGACAGCCUGCGCACCCUGGUCAUCUGGGUGGUGAGUCUGGCGCUGGGCUGGGAGUCGUUCCAAGGCCUGCAGAUCCUCGGCUUCAUCCUGCUUCUGGGAACGGGACUUUACAACGGACUCCACAAACCCGUGAUGGCCAGGCUGCCCUGCUGGUCUGCAGAGCGGGAGACGGGAACAGGGGACGCAGACGAGAGGGAGAGACUGCUCGGCGAGAGCUAACGAUGAACAGACAAACAAAAUUGGGUGUAGCAGACACUCGGCUUUCUCAUCCUGCUGUUGACUGACUCCAUACUUGUGGACUUCCAGGGAUUUUACUUGAGCAGUACAACUGACCAUAGAGGAAGCUGGAGACUGAUAUUAAAUAUUGGGACACUAAUCAAUUUUGGUUUUUAUUUCUCAUAAUGUCAUAUUGGGUUAAAAAAGGGAAGGUGAACAAUUUUGGUUAUUUUCAAUUAACAUUAGAAUUUAUUUUUUAAUUUUAGAAUCCCAAAUGUAUAAUUUUUUUAAUAUUUUUGGCCAAUGAUGUGCCACGUUUCGAAAAUGAGGGCGUUUCAAUUUUUACUUUACCUCUUUAACGUUCUGUGUGUUCUAUACGUGUUAUUGUAUAACAGACAUCGUCAGUGUAUCGUUCACUAUAACACAGUAUUGACUGUAUUAGAUGGAAAACUGGUUUAAAAAAAAAAAAGAAUUAGAGUUCUGGACAUUUCUUGAAAAAAGGAUUGUGUUAAUCCCUGUUUUAAUUAAAUCACCUUCGAAAUUUU